ACAGCUACAGCUGUGUUGUUUGCAGCACAAUGUUGUUAUGACUUAUGGAGUAAUGUCGUAAGCCGAGCGGCGCUGCAUCCUGAUCCCUUGCCUUGCCCUCGCUGCCUGGACGGCUGGCAUGUAUGGAGACAGUGGAGUGGAAUGUAUUGUACUAGUCGUCAAUACGAGUAGUAGUACUAGUAGGUUACAGCAUCAGCACCAACUCCUAACUCCUAUCCGGGUUCCCUGCAGAGCACAGCUAGCUAUAAGCAACAUCAUCAGUGGCUGAGUCUGUGUGUCCGCCAGGGAGUUCUUUGAAGCACACGCUACAUGUUGAACUUGUAGUUCUGCUUGCCAUCAAGGGCUGAAGGCUAACAGUCUGGGACGGCUCGACCGAUGCUACUGCUGCUGCUUUUGGUUAUAAAAGAGGCACUUCUCCGGCUUGUACAACUCUCCAGAAGUACCACGUGCAGCAGCUGCCACAACUGUCUUCUGACCGUAGUGUCUACAUGAGAUUGUGACACGGUGGUGUCUGUAGACAUCCAAGAGGCAAGCACUGCAUCUACCGCCGGUAGUAGUGGCCCUUUGUACUUUGUAGGUUUCACGUAGCAGUCUUGAGGAGGUCGCGUCGCGUCUCAGUGUGUGUUUUGGGCUUUCAACCUCCACAACGUUCUGGACAGAACGGUUCAGGGGCUGCUGCUGCGUAGAAAGCACUACGCACUCAGUCCGCUCUUGCAACGUCAGUGGACGAGUUUGGAAGCAAGCAAGCCGCCGCCGCAGCUUACUACGUUUUGCUUGUAAUGCUGUUUCCCGCUGUCAUGGCUGAAGUGCAGCACACAACGAAGGCGGAAGAGCUCCAUCGCUUGCACUGUCAGCAACAAGACUGCAGCCGCGACCUAACUAGCAGCGGCAGUGACGGCCAUCAUCACCACCAUCUCCAGCAGGGAGGGAAUACUUCCUCCCAAGGCCAACAGCGGACUUCCACAGCUCCGGGUAGCAUGAGUGUGUACCAGGGAUCAGGAUCGUCUGGAGGAGAUCUUCCCUCAUCGCCUCCAUCGUCGUCGUCGUCGUCGUCAGUGACUGAGUCUUGUGGUCAGUUGGUGUCACCUCUGAAUCAGCUGCAUCGCACAGGCAGCGAGAGUAGUGUGGACAGUGGCGUCACGGCUGGAGAGGCUACUGACGUACUCAUGCAUAGUCAGCGAUUGAGACGAAUGGCUGACGAGCGUCUCUCCUCAUCUCCCGACAAACAGCCCAAGCUGGGUCGUGCAAAGGUGUCCUUUGCACCACAAUUUUGUAAGACCAAGGCUCGUUCUGCCAGCAGCAGCAACAGCAGCAGCCUUGGAAGGUCGGCAUCCUUCGCUUGCACGGAGAUAGAGAGGUGUUCUGAGCAAGAUGGUGAUGAUUACGCUGGACCAGGGACAAAACGGCCUGAAUCCCUACAGCUUAUAGCCAACGCCAACAGCCGCCAACAGUCUGGUAACAACGGAAGGAGUAGUAGCACUACUCCAGGCAUAAAGCGACAAGCUUACAGCCUGGACUACAGCGUGACAUUCUCCGCUCCCAAAGACACUUCGACAUGGCGAGGAGGGAGCAAUGUCAAUGGCGGUGCUCCGGAUUUAUCACCGGCCGCCACCAAACACCGAAGUCUUCGCAAGAGAAAGCAAGCCAUCGAUGAAAGUCUCGUGUGGAUUAGACAUCAAUUGGACACGAUCGAAUGGCAAAACCAGGAUAUGAUCUGCCUUCUGCUGAGGAACAUCAAGGAACUACGAGACUACAAGCAGAUGGCCUCUUCCAACAACACACCAGCCGAACCCGGUCUGUUACACCCGGGUCGCUCUGCUGCACCAUUCUAUGGCGAGUCGCGGCUACAGAGGCACACUGGAUCCGUGUAUCGACCUCGUAUGAAGGCAAAACAAUAUGCUGCAAAGAAACUCAGCUAACUACUACUGUGCCACGUGACCACAAUGUUGAGUGUGGACCAGGGACUCGACUGAGCCUGCUAAACAUACUCAUAGAAAUGAAUCCGUCCAGAUGCCAUAUGGACCAGGCAGUCGUAAAACCACAGCUGCUUUGACUCCCCCCGACCCCCUCCCCGGUCGAUGUGGACUUUGAAAUGCCCGGCGGUGCGUUGCUCUAUCGAAGUCUCCUAUGAGUACGAACAUGAUACAAGUACUGUAGUAGGACAUUACCGGUAGUCAGUACACCACCAUGCAGUUAACUUAUAGGCAUAUUUUCCAAUAGGCAAUACCAACGGCCUAGUUAGUAGUGGCUUGCAGCACCUCAAUCCACAUCCAGUCUCCUAAAUCAUUAAUGGCUUGUUAUCCACCACUACAAUGACUAUGUACAUGGACUUGAAGGCCGCUUGACUGGCUCGAGGUCCGGGUUAGGUAUUGACACGAUACAGCUUUUAUCAGAGCUUGAAAGUUAUCUUCAGGAUUGGGAGAACAUCUGAUCCUUGAAAGAUAUCGCACUUACUGCUAUCACCUGAUCUCGCGCGGAUCUCAACACAAUAGUAU